CGCUUCCACCGAUCCAGUAAUCCUCCUUCUUUUCAACCUUUCGGCCGUCUGUUCUGUUUGCAGUCUGUUUGGGUGGUUCUGCCCUUUAGGCCCUUGAGCUGGGCGGGUCGGUAAACUUUGUUUACAUGCUGCAAUUCUCGUGAACAUUUUCUGGGAGAAAAUGGGUUGUGCGGAGUUUUGCAGAAAGAGGCGCAGAAGUCAGUUUACGAGCAUGGGGGAUCACAAUAAAUUCUCUUCGAGAAUCAAGAAGAGUUUGUACUAUGGUCAACUGCCUAGCUCUGAUCGAUUGAGUCUUCCUGUAACAGAACUAGCUACGGAAAUAUUCUCUGCUGCUCAACGGAACCAUAGUCUUCAGCGCUUGGAACUGCAAGAGGCAUCUGAUGUCUCUCGUAGUGCUUGCGUGUCUCCAUGCUCAUUGGUACUGGCCAUGUUAUACCUGGAAAGAUUGCAGACGUCUCGCCCCAGCUACUUACGUGAAACCUCCCCUUCAGAGUUGUACCUAGUGUCUUUGAUGGUUGCUACCAAAUUUCUGCAAGAUGAUGGUGAGGAAGACGGAGUUAUCAAUGAAGAAUGGGCCACAUCGGCAGGAAUCACUACAAGUCAGCUUAAUCAGCUUGAAAGAGACUUCCUCGAUGCAAUUGAGUGGGAAGUUUAUGUUAGUGAAGAAACAUUUUGGACACGGCUCAGAGGCUUAGAAAGAGAUGUUGCACUCAAUGAAGGUGUUAGAAGAGGGUGGUUUUCAUAUGCUGAUUUGGACUGUCUUUUGGAAAAGGUUGAUCUUGCAUCUUUGGCUCACUCUGUUCUCACUGUAUCUGCUGUCUGCCUUACAAGUUACACUGCAAGUGUGUUGACCCUUAUUGCUUCAACUCUGCUCGUCAGUCAUCUUCAACCUCUCAUCCAUGGAUUAAGCGGUCUGAGUCAAACCAGCCUCAACUCGUCAACUAUGCCAAUUCAAGCUGAUCAAGUGCCCUCUGAUUCUACUAUGGAUCCUAGCUUCUCCCCUCCUAACUACCAGUCGCCAUUAGAUGUCCUGACUACAAGCUUUAUAUUAGCUUCAAUCAGCUCAUGCCAAGGACGUCUUGCUAAUGAUUCCACUAAUUGCUUGGAUGAUUCUAAACCCUCUGGCGACACCCUAAGGCAUGCCCUCCUUGGAAAUUUUGAAGAAUUAUCAAUGCAGGACAAUGUGGAACCGAAUUUUAAGUUUUCUUCCUGGAGUGACCCUGGAUCCAUUUCUUGGUUCAAGUGGAUUAAAGACCUCAAGAGAUGGUUCAGGACCCCAAUAGUUGAAAGUUUUGACACUCCCCCAGAUUGGGCCGCAUCUUUAAGUUAUCGCAUUGAUAGAGGAUCUUCUCAGUCCCGUCUGAUUCCCCUUCAAGUUUAUUAAUUAUACCUUCUGUACCUAGCAAGAGCUAAAGGCUGAACCAAGCAUUCAAAAUGUUUUUUUUUUUUAAUCCCUUUCUAAUGUGUUAUGACAAUUUUUUUUCAUUUUUCUGAAAGUUUUUUUGGGUGCUAUUUUGUUAAAGGAGAGAUGUGUGUGAUAUUCUCUUGAGCCAAAUAACUACGCUUUUCAUUUUGUAAGGUGAAACCAUUUUCUUCUAUUUAAUAUUAUGUUUAUUUUGAAGGUUGUGUACAAGAUCAAUUAAAGGAUACGGCAUUAAUCGUAACAAUAAACUAUGUAUUUAAAAAGAAA